CUAACCUCUUAAGUAUGUUUUUCUCAUUUGUUAAGAAACCUGUUAAUACUCAUGAUGAUAAAUGGAUGGAUUCUAGGGAAAUUUGUUUUGCAAAGUCACUUAGGUAUCUUGCAUUCUUUGCAUUCCUUAGUGAUAGAUCUGACUUGAAUUGGAAGACUUACUGCCGGUAUCGUAACAAGGCCAAAAAUGUAAUGAGAAAGGCACGGAGGAGAUAUUUUUCUAGAAUAUUUAGUGGUAUUUAUUCUUCAGAUGUGUGGAAAUUCUUAAGAAAUGUCGGAUGUGUUGGUGGUAAAGGUGCUAGAUUUGAUAUUGACGUCGAUGUUCUGAAUGCUUUCUUUUGUUGGUGAUUCUCAAUUGGAGGGGAUGAUUAGUGUUGAUACCUACCAUCGAACUAUGGCUCCCAGUUUUACAAUUAUAAAGGGAACUACUCCAUUGUCCUUCUGGCAGCUUGUGAUGCUAAUUACACAUUUACUUCCGUGCUUGCUUGAUUAGUGUUGAUACCUCCAUGGACUACAACAGUCGUUUUUCUUCUGCUCGUGUCAAUGAAGUAGAUGUAUUGUGUGCUUUAAAUAAGGUCAAAUCAAAAGCUGUUGGGUUGGAUUUUAUUCCAAUAACGUUUAUAAAAUUAGUUUUUCCAUAUAUAUCAACAAUUAUUACUGAUUUGGUUAAUUGUGUUUUAAUGACUUCAACAUUUCCCCAAGUUUGGAAAAGAACGUAAGUCUUACCUAUACCAAAAACAAGAAAUGUUUGUGAGCCUGAUGAUUUGUGUGCCAUUUCUAUUCUUCCAGCUAUAUCAAAAAUAAUUGAGCAUAUUCUUAAGGAUCAAAUCAUUGACCAUUGUUCUAAUUAUAUUUGUGACUCUCAGUUUGCUUUUCGAGCAGGACAUAAGGGUCUGUCAGAUAGAAUACGUUGUGUCCGUUGCGGCAACGUAUUUGACUGACGUGACGUACAAAAAGUAUAGACUCGCCACAACAAAUCCGUCUUCUUCUUCUUGCGUAAGUUCUUAUAUAUAUGAAUGUACAUGUAAUCGUAUGAGUCCGGAUAACAUUCUUAAAUACUUCCAUAAAAUUUAAGAUAUUUAGCUCAUGGCGGAAGUAAGCAGAUAUUUUCUGCUCCCUUUAAAAUGGGGGUGCCAACUAUGAAAGGAAUAGUAUCAGAAACCUGCGAAGUGCUUUGGGAAAUACUUGGCCCAAUAUAUUUAUCAGUCCCAAAGGAAAAUGAGUGGAAGCGAAUCGCCAUUGAUUUUUACACAAUGUGGGAUUUACCCAAUUGUGUUGGCACCAUUGAUGGCAAGCACAUCAAUUUAACUUGCCCAUCGAACUCUGGCUCCCAGUUUUACAAUAAUAAAGGGAACUACUCCAUUGUCCUUCUGGCAGCUUGUGAUGCUAAUUACACAUUUACUUCCGUGGAUAUUGGUGCGGUGGAGUUAUGUGGAACUCAAGAUUCGGUCAACAGUUGUAUAAGGGCCAAUUGGAUCUACCAAAAGAAGAAGUACUACCCGAUUGCAGAUGCCGCGUUCCCAUUAAAACCAUUUUUAAUUAGACCUUAUCCAAGAAGUAACUUGCCGCCUGAAAAGGAAAUAUUUAAUAAACGUUUGUCACGGGCCCGUAGGGUAAUAGAAAAUGCUUUUGGUAUUUUGGCGAGCCGAUGGAGGAUUUUGUUGUCAUCCCUACAAAUGAGCACAGCAUCCGCAGAGAAAGUUAUUAAAGCCACGGUACUUCUUCACAAUUUCCUCAAAAUGCAUGAUGGCAGUUAUUGUCCGCCAGAAUAUGUCGACCGAGACGACGGCAUUGUAUUGAUAAAUGGUCUGUGGCGCAACGAAGUGCCUGUCCCUUUGCAGAGAGCCAGGAGAACAGCUUCAAAUAAUGCAGCAAAAUGCGCAUUCAAAUUAAGGGAUGAACUCAUGAGCUAUGUCGUUUCACAUCCAAUUCGUCAUUUUUCCCGGCAGUAACUUCAUAUUUGUUUAAUAAAAAAUACUGAUGAAAGAAUGUAUCAAACAUUUAGUAUUUCUUUUCAUAUUUUAAUUUACUAAAAAAUAAAUCAUUUCA